AUGGCGGUUGCGAAGAAGAAGACGCAGUCUUCGAGAAGUUGGAUUAUGUUCGAUGCCACGGGGCAGGGUUCAUUGCUCGACGUGGACAAAUAUGCGAUCAUGCAUCGGGUUCAGAUUCAUGCGCGUGAUCUCAGAAUCCUUGAUCCCUUGCUCUCUUACCCCUCCACCAUUCUCGGUCGUGAGAAGGCCAUUGUUCUUAACUUGGAGCAUAUCAAGGCAAUUAUCACCGCUGAAGAGGUAUUAUUGAGAGAUCCAUCAGAUGAAAAUGUGAUCCCAGUUGUGGCGGAACUGCAAAGGCGUUUGCCUCGAUCAAGUGCCGGCCUUCAACAGCAAGGAGAUGGUAAAGAGUAUCUUGGUGGCCAAAAUGAUGCUGAAGCAGCCGAAGAAGAUGAGUCACCCUUUGAAUUCCGGGCCCUGGAAGUUGCUUUAGAAGCCAUUUGUAGUUUUCUUGCUGCACGAACAACAGAAUUGGAGAUGGCUGCUUAUCCUGCAUUAGAUGAACUUACCUCCAAGAUUAGUAGUCGUAAUUUGGACAGAGUUCGGAAAUUGAAGAGUGCAAUGACAAGGCUGACUGGUAGAGUUCAGAAGGUCAGAGACGAGCUUGAACAAUUGUUGGAUGAUGAUGAUGAUAUGGCUGACCUAUACCUGUCAAGAAAAGCAGGUUUAGCAUCACCGGUCAGUGGAUCAGGUGCUGCAAAUUGGUUUUCUGCAUCCCCUACCAUAGGAUCAAAGAUAUCUAGAGCAAGUAGAGCAAGUCUAGCAACUGUUCGUUUUGAUGAAAAUGAUGUGGAAGAGCUUGAAAUGUUACUUGAGGCUUAUUUUAGUGAAAUUGAUCAUACCUUGAACAAAUUAACCACACUGCGAGAGUACAUUGAUGAUACUGAAGAUUAUAUUAAUAUUCAACUUGACAACCAUCGUAAUCAGCUGAUUCAGUUGGAGCUCUUUCUUAGUUCUGGAACUGUUAGUCUAGCUUUCUAUUCUUUGGUGGCUGCUAUAUUUGGCAUGAAUAUGCCAUAUACUUGGAACGAAAAACAUGAUUACAUGUUCAAAUGGGUAGUUAUUGUCUCUGGAGUAUUUUCUGUUUUAAUGUUUGUCAUGAUUGUGGUCUAUGCGCGCAAAAAGGGAUUAGUUGGAUCAUGA